AUGGUCACCCUCCGCCGCCUCAUCCCCAGACUGCACCACUACUACUCGAAGAUGGCCAGCCUACCAUCAACAGCCGACAUCCCCCUGCUCGCCGCCCUCCCCCCGCUGCCCAUCCCGCCCGGCGCAGAGCCCGCACGGAACGUCCUCGACGCAUUCCGCACCGCAGUCGCCAUCCAGGUCGCACACAUCCUCGCCCUGCCCCACGCCCUCCCCGCCGACCUCGAGCGCAUCUGGGCGGGCGUCGAGUCCGGCAAGAAGGAGGGCGGCGACCUGACGAUCGCCGUACCCAGGUUCAGGAUCAAAGGAGCAGACCCCAAGCAGCUCGCCACCAAGAUACAGGACCAGUUCAAAACCAACGAGUGGAUCCAGUCCGUCAAUGCCGAAGGAUCCUUCGUCAAGUUCCAGAUGAACUCCAAAACCCUCUGCCGAACCGUCCUCCACCAAAUCAACCAGCUCACCCAUCUCUCCCAAACUGGCGGAGGCUACGGCACUAACUCCUCCGGAAUCAACCCCGAAACCGGCACCAAGAACAAGCUCGUCCUCGAAUUCUCCAGCCCCAACAUCGCCAAGAAGUUCCAUGCCGGUCAUCUCCGGAGUACCAUCAUCGGCGCCUUCCUGGGCAACCUGCACGAGGCUAACGGCUGGGAUGUCACCAGAAUCAACUAUCUCGGCGACUGGGGCAGGCAGUUCGGUGUACUGGCUGUCGGUUUCGAGCGGUAUGGUUCAGAAAAGGAACUAACAGAACAACCCAUCCAGCAUCUCCUCGACGUGUACACCAAGAUCAAUAAGGACAUGGAGGGCGAAGAGAAGGCGCCGCUAGAGCAGAAGGCACGAGACUUCUUCAAGCUCAUGGAAGAGGGCGACCCCACGGCGGUUGCGCUAUGGAAGCGAUUCCGAGACUACAGCAUCAAGCAGUACGAACAGGACUACGCCCGCCUCAACAUCAAGUUUGACGUGUACAGUGGCGAGAGCCAGGUGACUCACGAGAGCAUGGAUGUCGCGCUGAAAGUGCUCAAGGACAAGGGAAUUGCGAUCGAGGAUAACGGGACACUGAUCUGUGAUCUGGACGCCUACAAGCUCGGCCGGACGGUGAUCAGGAAGAACGACGGGACGAACCUGUACAUCACCCGGGAUAUCGGCGAGGCCAUCCAACGAUACGACAAGUACCACUUCGACAAGAUGAUCUACGUCGUCGCCUCCCAGCAGGACCUCCAUCUCGCCCAGUUCUUCAAAGUCCUCGACCUCAUGGGCUUCCCCUGGGCCAACAAGCUCCAGCACAUCAACUUCGGAAUGGUCGCCGGGAUGAGCACCCGGAAGGGGACCAGCGUCCACCUCGAGGACAUGAUGAACGAGGCCCGAAACACCAUGCACGAACAGAUGAAAACUAACGUCGAUAAGUACAACGAAAUCCCCGACCCGCUCCGGACGGCCGACGAGGUCGGAAUCAGUGGGAUCAAGAUCCAAGACAUGGCUGGAAAGAGAAUUAAUGGCUAUGAGUUCAAAUGGGACCGAGUAUUGUCAUUCGAGGGAGACACGGGUCCAUACCUACAAUAUGCCCACGUCCGAUUAUGUUCAGUAGAGCGGAAAGCGGCGCCGACGUAUGUGCUACCGUCCGCGGAGAAACUGGCGGACACGGUAGAGACGGCGAUCCUGAGCGAGGAAGCGAAGGCGCGAGAGCUCGUGGUGCUGCUGGCGCUGUGGCCGGAUGCGGUGAAGACGGCGUUCGGCAAGCUCGAGCCCUCGUCGAUCGUCACCUACUGCUGGAAACUCACCCAUGCCGUCAGCUCGGCCUGGGAGACCCUGAUCGUCAAGGGCCAGGACCAGCCCACUGCGCUCGCUCGGCUCUGGCUCUUCAGGUCCUGUAAGGACGUCCUGGCUAGCGCUAUGAAACUCUUGACUUUGGAGCCCCUAGAGCGCAUGUAA